AUGCAACAGCAAGCAGCACAUACUAUUUCUCAGAAAAAUAAAUCUUUCCUUGGUCUAGAGGUAAAAUUUAGCAUACUAGCUUCAUCUAUCUCUAAAAAACAUGUGAAAUUAUUUAUUGCUAGAGUCAUCAUAAGAAGUAUUCCUAAAUGAAAAAGCUUAGACUCUAUAGAAAUCAGCUAUUUCAAUAAAAUCAAUUUUAUGCAAGAUAAAGAAUUAAUUGAUCUUCUUAUUCCGUUAUUAUGCCCAAAAAUGUAUGAAGAUUUAUGCAUUGUCAUCAAAUUGUCAAAUAAAUCUAAUUCCAUCAGCUUAGCUGCUGCUAAUGCAAUUUCUAUAUUAAAUAGGACAAAUUUUGAAUUCAGAAAUUUAGAUUUUAGAGGGAUAAAUAUAUCAAAUUCCUGCUUAUCAAAAAAUGCAUUUAUUAACGUUAAUUUUAAAGGAAGCUGUCUCAAAGGAGUAAAUUUUUGCCAGUCAAAGCUAUAUGAUUGUAAUUUCAGAAAUUGUGAUUUUACAGAAGCUUUAUUCUCUCGCUUAAAAAUAAUUGAAAAAUUUGAAGGCUCUAUUAAAAAGGUCAUUAUUUCUAAAGAUGGAAAGCUUUUACUUUUAUGCUGCGCUAGGAAUACAAUAUUAUGAGAUUUAAACCUAAAAAUGCAGCUUCAUUCAUCUAAUUUUAUAAGUAAGAGUGCUGCCUUUUCACCAUGUGGAAAUUUGAUUAUCUUGGUAGAUGAAGGAAUAAAGGUAUUUAUUAAAUGAGAUAGAAAAUUAGGGAUUAUCACAGAAAAAGCAAAUACUAAAUUAGUAAGGAGUCAAAAAAUAUAUAACGUAUGUUUUUCUCCUUGUGGAAAAUAUAUACUUUUUUGAGGGAGUAAUUUUAUUGAAUUGGAAGAUUCGGUUUCUUUAAAUAUUUAUAAAAAAUGAAAAGCUUAUCCUUAUACGUUGCUUAAUUUUACUAAAUGUGGUAAAUAUAUAAUUUUUGGUGAUAAAGGCUGAAUAAAACAGAUAUCAAUUGAAAGCGACAGAGUUGAAAAACUUAUUCAUAUAAGUUGAAUGGCGAAAGAACUUACUUUUUCUCCGAGCCAUAAGCAUCUGAGCUGCAACGGUGGUAUACCUUGUGAGUAACUAUAACCCGAUAUUUGGUUACGCCUUCCCCUCCUGGAGGUUUCAUUUUAAAUGAAGCAGGCCAAAUUGAAUUUCUAAACUGAAACCGUCAGGAGAGUUAAGGCCGAUCUAUGCUGUGCUUGUGGUAUAAUCUUUUUAUAAUAAAAUUUGAAACUCAAGAGCUAAUUUUUGCAGAAGACAUGAGUCGGAAAGGCUUCAAUUACUCGACUUCUUGAUCACCUUAUAAUGAUAAAAUUGUAGUUUCUGAUGGAAAUGGAUUUUGCUUGUUUGAUAUAGAGAAGCAGGCUCCUGUAGCUCAUAUGAGAGAAAAUUAUAACAAAAAUGACUCUAUUUGUUAUUCAAAAUGCGGCAGAUAUGUUUUUAUUGGUAAAAGUAAUGGAUUACUAAAACUAUGGGAUUUGGAAAACAUAGGAUAA